GAAAGCGGACGGAUGCAAGCUAUACUGCUGCGUUUAUAUUUGCUAAAGUUGUGUGCGUGCCUGUAAAGUGAGUAGAAGCCUGUUUAUACAUUGUUCUAUACUUAGUUUAUGAGCGUUUGAAUAGGCCCACAUGUGUAAAAGUUAAUGUAUGUGAGUGACAAUACGAAAUAGCUCAAAGAUGUUUGUGUGUGUAUUUACAUACACUUUUCCUCACGUAUUACAUUGUUAUAUUUAGAAGACGUAAUCUAUGUGCUUUUUAGUCAUUAUAUGGUUUAUUUAAUAUAUAUAUCGCUCACUUCUAGAUUUAAAGCACUCUUUGAGCGCAUGCGCACUAAUGUGCUAGACAGAGUGGCUCUAUUUUCUUUCCUCAGCGCGCAAAGGUGUCGAAUUUCAGCCGCUCAGUAUUAAUCAUUUCUAGCAGUGCACUUUUCCAUAUAAUGGCACAUUUCUUCCUAUUGCACUGUAUUAAUCAUUGUAAUUUAAUAUUCAUUGUGGAGAUUACUGUUACUAUGUUUAUUGUGGUGACUACUAUUAUUUGUUAUUUGUACUUAUCUGUUUUCUUAUAUUUAUAGAAAAACCACACACACAUGCAAAGUCGAAUUUAUUCAGUGUACUGAGUUGUGGUGACAAUAAAUGGGUUAUUCCCGAAUACCUGAUCAUCUCUGGUAAGUCUCUAACCGGACGCUCUGUAGUGGGUCUGUUAUCAACCGUCAAAAUCAGCUUCUAUUAGCCAACAUUUUUACAGGCAGGCUGCUUUUGAGGGAUACAUUUUCACUCUCGAAUUGUAUAUUGCUAGUCUCAAGUCCGUGGCCAGGGGAAGGCUAAGCCUUCCCCAGCCUUACACACGCUCCGCAUAUGGGUCAGUGGUGUAGAAAUCAGUUUAAAUGAGGCUAACCUGAUAAAUGACGAUCAGUUAAGAACAUCUUUCUGCGACCCCUGGAAGUAACCUAAUAAUUAGAAUUCCCCAAUGUGGUUGGAUGCAUUGCUGGCACACAUAUUCCCAUUAUUGCACCUUCCGAAAAUGUCAACAGGAGGUCCAUCCACAAUAUUAAUGUGCAGGUACACUGACAGACUACUGUUUCUAAUGGUCAAAGACUACAUCACAAUACUGUAACAUGUCUCAUUCUUUGCACUGUCAAGACCAUGUCUGAUGCUGCACAUAUCAUCACAAAUGUGGAGGCCAAGUGGCCCGGCUCUGUGCAUGACUCAACCCUGAGCAACAGGCUGUAUAGGGGAGAGAUUGAUGGCUUUCUGCUGGGAGAUAGGGGUUACCCAUGCCGACCAACACCAAUUACCCCUUACCCAGAACCAGGCCCUCAGCAGCGCUUCAAUGUGGCACACUGCCGGAUGAGAGCCCGGGUGGAGCUGACCUUAGGCCUGUUGAAAGCACGUUUCCAGUGUCUGCGUUACCUCAGGGUAACUUCUGAAAGGGCCUGCGACAUUAUUGUGACAUGUGGUGUUCUCCAUAAUAUUGCCAUAAUUAGAGGGGAGCAACACCCUGCCCUACAAAUACAAGACCGAGGAGGACCCCAUCAACCCUGCAGAUUUCCAGUGUCUUCUCAGAUUAAUACACAUGAUAUCCUCCACCACAACCAACCACAAAAUAAAAAAGAAAUGAAUAAACACAAAAUCACAAUUUAUUUGGUGUUCUUUAUUUCCUACAAAUUCAAAAACAGUUAG